ACCUGGAAGCCGUACAGCGUGUGUUGUGAAAAAAAAAACUGAGUGUGUUAGGGGAGGUUACUGUAAUUUGCAUGUAGUGUUUUCCUCGCUAAUCAUGGUUGUAUGUACAGUGUUAUGUGUGUUUGUAGUGGCUUUUACCGCUGGAAGUUCCGUGGAGGUUCAGAGACCCAGAGGGGUAUCUUUGACAAAUCAUCACAUUUAUGAUGGGUCAAAGCCUUUUAUGUGCCUGGAUAGGUCUAAAACUAUUUCCUUUGACCGAGUCAAUGAUGACUAUUGUGACUGUGGUGAUGGCUCUGAUGAACCAGGUACCUCUGCCUGUCCCAAUGGGAAAUUCCACUGUACAAAUACUGGAUACAGACCUACGUAUCUCCCAGCAUCUCGAGUCAAUGAUGGCAUCUGUGACUGCUGUGAUGGUACAGAUGAAUACAACAGUGGGACAAUCUGUGAAAACACAUGCAAGGAACUUGGGAAAAAAGAGAGAGAACACUUAAGGAAAAUGGCAGAAGUUUCAAGGGAAGGUCUAAGGAUCAAAGAGCAACUGGUUCAAGAGGCCAAAAAAUCAAAAGAAGGAAAAAAGGUAUGUUGCAUUUUCAUGUGUUUUAAAUAA